AUGCCGGAAAAAAAGCCGGAACCCGUGAAGAGUUCUGUGAUCCCGGGUGUAGUGGUAGAUCCUACAGAAUGUCCGUUCAGGGAGUUCAGGGACAAUGAACUAUCUAUUGAGUAUUGGGGAAUGAGUCCGGCAACAUUAAGAACGGUGAUCGCCAACAAGAUAGUGGUGAAACAGUCGCCAGACUACGUGUGGGUGGACGAGCAGACGCAGCCGCUACCAAGGUCCGUGAGGCAAUACCUCCACGGAUGGAUCAGAGCUGAACAACUUGCUCUAAGCCGGUGGGAGGAGGCGGAAACUGUCGUUUAUGAGGAAGACGGUUCCGACAAGAUGUCUAUAAUAGACAUGCAGCUCAGUCAUACGCAAGUGCUGCAACGGUCUGCAUUCUGCAGGCGGGUGCUUUCAAUUUGCUUCAUUUUGGAGCGAGCGGACAUAGGAAUAGUGGAGCACCUGUGGGAAAACUUUUCCUUCGUAUUACCAGACGGCUGGCGACCACGGUAUCACAUAUAUUCGCCAGGCACAAAGCCGGGAGGUGGCAUGCAGCAUCGCCCACAGCUGUCUAAAAAUGGUUGCUAUCUGGUCCGGCUAUACUACCUCGGCGCGUGGCGCUGCGUAUGGGUCAGCGACCAGGUGCCAGUCGACGCAACAGGGGCUCCACUUCUCCCGUUCUCUCCAAUGUUGAGCGCUGCUCCCAUUAAGCCAGCACCAGGACGGCAGCAAGCACCGGUGCCUACGGUCACGGCUUCGGUGGUACACCUGUGGCCUCUACUUCUUUGUAAGGCGCUAUUGAAGCUUGCGGCCCCAGACAUGAGCUCUGAUGAAGAUUCUGACACUAUUGAAGAUGAAGAAAUGUUGGAUUUUAAAAUUAUACAUAGCUUGACUGGAUGUAUGGAACUAAAUAGAUGCCCUACUGGGUAUGAGGAUCUAUGGAAUGAACUAAAAGCUGAGGUCCCGCCAUUCACCUGGGAUGCUGAUGAAGACGACAUACAAACUGCCAAGUCCAAAACGGUCAAGAAAGAUAAAAACACGAAGGAGACAACCGCUCGGCCUCGAAGAUCAAUGGUCACAAUAACUAUCAAAGACACUAAAGAGCUGCCACCUUACACCCUGCCGGGGAUCUCGCCAGGCCACGAGAUGGACCUAUACGUGUCGUUGAUCAGAGAUGUGCCGCUGAAGAAACCCCUUCCAGAGCCAGACGUUGCCUUAUGGAAAUACUACCGUUGGGUGGACUGGGCCCGGAGACACGGGUUGUACGAAGCAUACGCCUUCCCCAGGACACGCUUCCUCAAGCCGAUUGGAUUCUUGAAAUUAUCUUACGCACCACAUCUGCUAGACGUGACAAGUACUGAAACGAUAACAGCGGAAUUCAGAAAAGUACAUGAUCGCAGUCCGUUACUAGACAAAAAGGGCGCUAAGAUCAUUCCUACCACCUCAGGGGCUCAAAAGGAAGAAUUACAUGAAUGGAUCUUAUUCGACAAUAUCUCAGAAGUAGUGAAGCUGAUGUCAGUCAUCUAUUUCCCCUCCAUGUUUAACUUCACGUCAGCCGGGAGCUCACCACCAGUGAAAAAUGUCAAAGUCCCAAUCAACCGAGCGUUAGACGUCGUGGCCCCAAAGUCUAGUCCGAUGUAUCUUCAGAUAGACGGCCCCGAGCAGAUUAUUCUCAGGAUAUCCUUGAACGUGAUGCAUCCUAGACUGAUGUUCAAUUGUGGGGCACCAGUUUUGGAUUAUGUUGACCCAGCAUAUCUCAUUUUGGAGUGCUUCGAUUGGUUUGUGGACCCUGAACUGCCGAAGCCAAAAGCGUAUGUUAGGACGAGGGGAUAUGAUUGUGUGGAAAUGUUUUUUUUGCCGGGAAGACAUUAUUGCAGACUCUGGGUCCACUCCCAAACAAACUGGCAUGUGGAGCUCAUUAGCCAGUCCUCGCUCCUGCUCGGCACCCAAGACCUGAUCCAGGGCGCCUCAGUCCGAGAGUGCCCUUGGGCCGUUUACUUCCUCACGAACUUGGGAACUGCCUUCACCAACUUACUGAAGACUACGAAGACCACGACGUACAUGGCCAUUGAUGCUGAGUUUCUUAAGUCGUAUCAGCCAGACCUUACAUGGAAUGAAGAAGUCGUAGGUUACAAGAAGAAUCUACGCCAUUGGAUGUUCCGAAAAGCGCUUCAGGCAUUUCUCAUAAAGCGUCUAAGUUCUAUUGAGUAUCGGGACGUUUGUUUCGUACUGAGACGGUAUCUCGUUGCUCCUGAAUUUGGUCUGCCGGAGCAUAAGCCGGACAUUACAAACUACAGAAACAUAAUAAAUUUAGACCCCUGUGAUUGCACCAUACCGGAACCAGAGCACCCGGAAGAAGAGAGUGUACGAUCAGAAGAAAUGCAGACUGGCGAACACUCCCCCGAAUAUCAAGUCUCUCAAACAAUACUGGAUCGACUACUCACAUGUCCAUCUCUCCCAGCCGUUUCACAAGUAUGCGAACUGGCUACUUCAGAGCAAACAUGUGGCAUGCUGAAGGAAGAACGAGAGAAGCUGGUCCGUAAGCAUGAGGCGGCGACGUUGCUGCAAGCGUAUUGGAGAGGCACGAUGGCGAGGAAAUGUUUGAGGGAUAAAGUUAAUGUACCUCCAGAAAUAUUUAAAACGCUUACGGAAGUUGCCUUCGGACACCCCGAAGCUUUGGCUGGCCUGAUGAACGAGUUUUUCAGUAUGUAUCCUGGAGCCAAAAGUGCCUAUUCAGUAGCCUCCGCUUUAAGCGGUACUACGGAUUUACAGACCUUCACUGGCCAGGCUCGGAUUACACCCCAAUGCAAAUGGAUCCCCUACUUCCAAGGGACUUUUUACUGCCACUAUAACGUCAAAGUCCAUUUUGCUCUGCACGGAACGUUGCAAUUUAAUACAAUGCAAGUGUAUGACAAUGACACCGGAUUGCAAUUGCCACAAGUAUUCCGGGCGGCUAAAACGUUUGAGAUUAAACCGAAUUUUUUUGGUUACAUGGUAAUGGGCCACGGCAGUCUCACCAAGCCUCUGGGCGUAAAUUCUGAAGCAAACUGGCAUCUCACAGUGCUCAGUUCCCUCAAAGACGCCUUCCACGUCUGCAGCAGCCCGCAAGUCGAUUUCUGCCGCGAGAUGCCUCUGCCGCCAGCGACGAAGAUGCACGUCGAUUGUCUUUUCAUCCCGAAUAGAAGAAACAUCUUGGGAGGAAUCAGGUUAUUCGUGAUGCAGAAUGGGGCGGUUAGCUUUAGGGCGGCGGCUAGUUCCCCCGAACUGAAGUUGGUAGCAAUCCUUCGAGUUCAAAAUGAAGAUGGUAGCGUGAAAGUGGUAGACAAAUGUGAAGGGACGGGCGAACUGUUCUGGCCGUACAUCAAGGUAGAGCCUGCUACGGUUCCGCUAACGAAACACAAGAGUGCCAGCGCCGCCUCUCGCUCGGCAUUCAGCACGACUAAGGAUGUCAAAACUACAACCAGUCUGCAGGCAAAAAUGUAUACCAUUGAAUUAUCAUGCCCCGAUGGUUGGCCGCUAACUUUGGAGCAAUGGAAACGAGUGGAAGAAGUCCGGAACAUUUUAGAGCCCCCCAAAAUUGAAUCAGCUUUGAAGAAACCACCCACACCAAGCAAGACGCCGUCAGCCAGGGAUAAACCAGCACCAGCCCCUGCCCCGCCCUCUCGCAUGCAGCCCCACCCUGGCGACGCGUACUCAGGUUUGUACCCAUCUGCAAUAUACUUCGAUCAGCCCCCAUUGCGUCCAUGGCUUGUUGAGAGACGCCGUCAGCCAGGGAUAAACCAGCACCAGCCCCUGCCCCGCCCUCUCGCAUGCAGCCACAACCUGGCGACGCGUACGCAGACGCCGUCAGCCAGGGAUAAACUAGCGGCUCCUGUCCCGCCCUCUCGCAUGCAGCCCCCCCCUGGCGACGCGUACUCAGGUUUUUACCCAUCUGCAAAAUACUUCGACCAGCCCCCAUUGCGCCCAUGGCUUGUUGAGAGACGCCGUCAGCCAGGGAUAAACCAGCACCAGCCCAUGUCCCGCCCUCUCGCAUGCAGCCCCACCCUGGCGACGCGUACUCAGACGCCGUCAGCCAGGGAUAAACCAGCACCAGCCCCUGUCCCGCCCUCUCGCAUGCAGCCCCACCCUGGCGACGCGUACGCAGGUUUGUACCCAUCUGCAAAAUACUUCGACCAGCCCCCAUUGCGUCCAUGGACGCCGUCAGCCAGGGAUAAACCAGCACCAGCCCCUGUCCCGCCCUCUCGCAUGCAGCCCCCCCCUGGCGACGCGUACUCAGGUUUUUACCCAUCUGCAAAAUACUUCGACCAGCCCCCAUUGCGCCCAUGGCUUGUUGAGAGACGCCGUCAGCCAGGGAUAAACCAGCACCAGCCCAUGUCCCGCCCUCUCGCAUGCAGCCCCACCCUGGCGACGCGUACUCAGACGCCGUCAGCCAGGGAUAAACUAGCGGCUCCUGUCCCGCCCUCUCGCAUGCAGCCACAACCUGGCGACGCGUACGCAGGUUUGUACCCAUCUGCAAAAUACUUCGACCAGCCCCCAUUGCGUCCAUGGACGCCGUCAGCCAGGGAUAAACUAGCGGCUCCUGUCCCGCCCUCUCGCAUGCAGCCCCCCCCUGGCGACGCGUACUCAGGUUUUUACCCAUCUGCAAAAUACUUCGACCAGCCCCCAUUGCGCCCAUGGCUUGUUGAGAGACGCCGUCAGCCAGGGAUAAACCAGCACCAGCCCAUGUCCCGCCCUCUCGCAUGCAGCCCCACCCUGGCGACGCGUACUCAGACGCCGUCAGCCAGGGAUAAACCAGCACCAGCCCCUGUCCCGCCCUCUCGCAUGCAGCCCCCCCCUGGCGACGCGUACUCAGGUUUUUACCCAUCUGCAAAAUACUUCGACCAGCCCCCAUUGCGCCCAUGGCUUGUUGAGAGACGCCGUCAGCCAGGGAUAAACCAGCACCAGCCCAUGUCCCGCCCUCUCGCAUGCAGCCCCACCCUGGCGACGCGUACUCAGACGCCGUCAGCCAGGGAUAAACUAGCGGCUCCUGUCCCGCCCUCUCGCAUGCAGCCACAACCUGGCGACGCGUACGCAGGUUUGUACCCAUCUGCAAAAUACUUCGACCAGCCCCCAUUGCGUCCAUGGGUUGUUGAGAGACGCCUGUUGGAGUGUUCGGUGGCUCAAGGAGGAGGCAUCAUAGCCGAGGAGGACCACAACCGCGUGCUGGAGUUCGAGGCGGCUCGCCGUCUCUGGGACGCGAAGGAACCGGGCAGGAACCAGCGCGGAGCUCAGAUCAGGAAAGAAUUCCGUGAUGAAUUUUUGGAUGUACCGGUAAUACCAAGCGCGAAAUCGGUUGAAGAAGAAAUCUUUGAAGACGAGUACAUGGCUGAAGAGUUUCUUGAACCGAGAAAAGAUGCCCCAAUUCUUCCUUCUCCCGCAACAGAAAGUGGACUGCUGGAAAUGUCCGUGGAAAGCGAGCAAGAGGCUAAGUAUCUAAAACUACCUGAGGCACUGAAAGACAAAUUUGUGCCUCUACCAUUCAUACCAUUUUGCCUGAAAGAGAUGGUGGAAGAUGAAAGAUUGAUAACACCAGAAAUGUCAGAAGCCGCUAAAGCCGAGAGGCUCUUACGUUUCGAACGCGCCCUGAAUCGCAUGAAGGACCUACAGGAGCACAACAAGAUACAAGUUCUAGGUCAACAUAGGAAAAGGUGUAAUCUGCUGGCGAAGUUGUUUGUGGAUGCAAGUUGGACACCAGAACUGAAUCAAGUCCUAGAACUAAGAGACGACGCUAUCGCGCUAGAAGCAGUCGCCUUAUCCGAAAGCGCACAAAAGAAGAAGAUGGAGCAAAAGAAAAAAUAGUUAUUUUGACAGGAAAGCGGUUUUGUAGCAUAAGUAAAAUGAGUUAGUAUGUUAUCACCAUAGAAGUUUAUGUGGCAAAAACGAGUGUUUGAGAAAACGAAACAUCGAUAAAUCUGCUAUCGAUAAGUCAUAGGUAGAUUCAUAUUUAAAAUAUGUUACUUCUACUUGAUGAAAAUACCGAUGACAGGGUCGAGUGGAGAAAACGAGGGGAGGCCUUUGCCCAGCAGUGGGACACCAAAGUAGGCUAGAAAAAAAAAACUUCUACUUGAUGUAGGUAAGUUACCGAGAAAUUUCAAUAAUGCAAAUCAAUCACAAAGAGGUACAUAUUUUCUUUAUUAAGUACAUAUAUUUAGUACUUAAAAUUAAAACGUAAACUGUAGUAUACAGUGCCAAAAUAAGAGAAAACGUAAUAAAUAUCUAAGUAUAACUUUAAGGUAACACCGAUAACAGACAUGUUGAUAUUUCAUUUUGUCAAUCACUUUAUUUUGCCACAAAAACUUCUACGAGUAUGUCUGCAGAUUAUCUAAAGUUUGUCCAGUUUUUCGGGCCAGUGGACCCCAUAGUAUGAUUAUGCAAAUAAAAUAAACUUUAAUUUGCAUAUUUAAGUUUUAAAGCAAGUUUUGUAUUUUGUUAGUUUUGUGUGUUUUGUCUUAAUAGAAGUGUCAAAAGUUUAUUUGUAAGCAAAGAGCGUUAUGUUAAGUUAUUAAGUUUUGAAUAAACUUGUUUGUGUUCACCAACUUUUGUUAUGUUUCUGAAUAAUUAGGUUUAAUACUCAUUAAUAAUAGAGUGCGGUAUGCCUCCGAAGUUUUCAAGUCUGAAAUAUACGAUGUUAGGUACUUCAGUACUUUUGGAAUUAACUUUGGCGGUGUGCUUCAAAGUUGGAUUUAUGUU